GAGCUGGGGCGGGGCGCAGAGGUGCCUUCGCUGCUGCCUCUGCUGGGAGCUAGUCGGGAGUGUACCAGGCUUUGGAAAACCAAGGUUCCCCAGCUAAGAGCGUUUACCUUCAAGCUGCGACCGGGCAGCCACCAUGGAGCUCCUACUGUGCUUCGUGCUCCUGUACGGAGUUGCGGAUGUCACCAGAGGUUUGAGUAUCACUACUCCUGAACAGAGUAUCGACAAAGCUAAAGGGGAAACUGCUUAUCUACCCUGCAAGUUUACACUUGAUCCUGAUGACCAGGGACCCCUGGACAUCGAAUGGCUGAUAUCCCCCUCUGAUAACCAGAAGGUGGAUCAAGUGAUCAUUUUGUAUUCUGGAGACAAGAUUUAUGAUAACUACUACCCGGAUCUGAAGGGACGAGUGCAUUUCACGAGUAACGACGUCACGUCUGGUGAUGCGUCUAUAAAUGUCACGAAUCUGCAGUUGUCCGAUAUUGGCACGUAUCAGUGCAAAGUGAAGAAAGCUCCUGGGGUUGCAAAUAAGAAAGUUCUGCUGACUGUCCUUGUUAAGCCUUCCGGUACGAGAUGUUUUGUGGAUGGAUCAGAAGAAAUUGGAAAUGACUUCAAACUCAAAUGUGAACCAAAGGAAGGUUCACUUCCAUUGCGGUAUGAAUGGCAGAAACUGUCAGACACCCAGAGAAUGCCUACUCCGUGGUUAGCAGAAAUGACUUCACCUGUUAUAUCUGUGAAAAAUGCCAGUUCUGAGUAUUCUGGAACAUACAGUUGCACAGUCCAGAAUAGAGUGGGCUCUGAUCAGUGUAUGCUGCGUCUGGACGUGGUCCCUCCUUCAAAUAGAGCUGGAACGAUCGCGGGAGCCAUCAUAGGCACGCUGCUGGCUCUCGUGUUCAUCGGGGCCAUCCUCUUUUGCUGUCAUAGAAAACGCAGAGAAGAGAAGUAUGAAAAGGAAGUCCAUCAUGAUAUCAGGGAAGAUGUGCCACCUCCAAAGAGUCGGACAUCCACUGCCAGGAGCUACAUUGGCAGCAACCACUCCUCCUUGGGAUCCAUGUCUCCUUCCAACAUGGAAGGGUAUUCCAAGACUCAGUAUAACCAAGUCCCCAGUGAAGACUUUGAACGUGCUCCUCAGAGCCCGACUCUGGCACCUGCUAAGGUAGCUGCCCCUAAUCUAAGUCGAAUGGGGGCGGUUCCUGUGAUGAUUCCAGCACAAAGCAAGGAUGGGUCUAUAGUAUAGAACUCGGCGUCUCUCUCUUCUGUUUCCCAUGGGUCGUUUCUUCUCUUUAUAUAUCAAAACUUAUUCUAGUCUAAAUUUUGUUAACAGCAGCCCCAAUAAACACACACACACGAAGUUAAUAAGAAAGUAUAAGAAACACGUUCCACAGAUUUUCUUUAAUUAUAGUGUAACAGUAAAGACUUAAUAGUAAUGGCAUUUAUCAUCUGGAAAAGAUGAGAUUUCUUAAGUUGAUUUCAAUGGCAUCUGGAUAAAUAAUGCUUAAGAAAUAAUGGCACUUUGAAUAUGAUGUCAUAGGUGAAGAAAUUUGUGAAUUUACAUACUUGUCAAAUUGAUAUUUGAAUCAUCUAAAGAUGGUAUUUUGUAGUCUUAUUUCGUUAUGAACAAUAGUAUCCCCUAAAUUUCAGAAACAGCCAUGGAACAAUGUCAACAUUUGAAUUUCUUUUAUAAUCUUUCUGAGAAUUUUAAGUGUAUUUGGGAACUCUAAGAGUAGGAGACACUACAGUGUUUUAGAAAUGACUAGUUUCAUUUCUGAGUCAUUCGUAAACAUGAAAUGAUUCCUUUCUUUCCUUUUUGUGUUUUGUUUUGACAUAGGGUCUUAGUAUGUAGCCUAGGCUGGCCUCAAAUCAUGAUCCUUCUGCUUCCGCUUCCUGAAUGCUGGGAUUACAAGUCUGUAUUACUAUCCUGGCUGUAGAACAGUUUCUUAAGUAUUUUUAACUGAUAGACUGCAGAGGCAACAGGAAGUAGUAACUUUUUAUGUGCUAUAGAAAAGAAGCACAUUUAAGAUUCGGCAGAAGCAUUUGCUUCUCCCACAUACAGAGAUGAAACCCUGAGUAUGUCCGGUGUCUGCAAAACUGACCAGACAGAUUGAGGAUACAGGAUUUGUCAGUCCACAACUGAACACUGGCCUUCCACUUUAGGUGAUGUUUUACAAUUAAAAAACGAAAGAAAAGACAACAAAAAAUGUUAAUUUAUCAUCUGGCAGUUAUAGAUGAGAAUUCUCUAAUUACUGAUUUUUAAAUUUGUAUUUUUGUUUUGUGGCAGACUGUACUGCAUAUUUUAUGUUGUAGAGACAUGUAACGUAGGCUUACUAUCUGGAGUACAGUUCUGGGAGGUUAUUUUUCUCCAAGACUCAGUGAACAAAUAUACUUGAGGCAAGUUAAGUAUCUUCCACCAGCCCUGAAUUCCAGACUUGGGCAAUGUGCUUGCUGUCCUGUGGCCAAACCUGCCUAUUAGUUCUCACAAAUCAAGUUUGAGUCUUAAUUUUGUGAAAGUGACUUACUCUUAAAAGAAAUUUUAAAAGGAGUAAAGGGAAUACUCCUAUCUGCCAAAUGUAUUAAAUAUAGUUUUUGUAGAGAAAAGUGAAUUUAUUGUAUUUCCCUUAAGAUUGUGAGGGAGUGUGUGUAGAGUAUAAUGAGCCAGCAGUUUCUUUAUAGUAGAUAUAGUCUGUAAUAUAAGAUUUCAUUAACUCUAAAACCUUUCCCCCAGGGAAUCGUUUUCUGUUAAUCUCUUCAGGUGCUGCGCUGGUAAAUGCUACAUUAAAAAUUAAUGUUGCAUGCAUUUACAAUUAGGCAGAGUAUUGUGUAUACCUUUUAAUGGUGAGUUUAAGCUGAAUGUCCAUGUAAUGGAUUAGUGUACAGUUUUACAUAUUUGGAAGCAUUUUGUAAAGUAGGUUCUAACCUCACAUGAAAUUACUUUUUAUAUUUGUGUCGUUUCAUCUGUGCCUUUUUGGGUAAUUUAGUUUCGACUAUGACUUCCUGGUGCCUAUGAGCUGGCUAUCACCUAGAAGGUGCUAGAGGUGAAGGUACUAUUUCCAAAAGCACAUCACUGUGACCCCCUUUCCGCCUUUACAGUCUCAGCCUUGCCUCUUCUCCUCUGCUUUGUUUUUGAUGUCACUUAAGUGAUACCAUUGUUUAUAUAAAGAUUAAAAAAAAUCACAUACCCAGUACUCUUUUGAUUGUUUCUGAUUUAUAACAAUAGCCACGUUUGGCUGUCAGAUAUUUGGCAUUUUUAUAAGAUCUGAGAAUAAAUUAGAAUGUAAAUUCUAAUGAUUUUUACAUAAUGGAGAUUAUGCUAGGUAGAAAUUACUAUAGAAAAUAGAUGUGUGUGAUUUUUUUUCCUUUCCUUAUACUUUGUAUUUAUUUAAAGAUUUAAAGGCAAAGAAAACCUAGAGUAUCUGAGUAUUUCGGUCCAGAUCUGUAGCAACUAAAAUUUGAAAGACAAGCUUAUUUAAAAAACAAAACAAUAAAAAACUGAAGGGAAAAAAAAGAGGCCAAUAAGAUACAGAAUCAGUGAUACAGUUAAAUUUUAGGCUUUGGUGUGCAGUUAUUCUCCUUGUAAGUUUCAGUUAGUUUUCCAAACAAUUCUCACUGACGAUUUUAACUGAACCAGGGAGCAAGUAUCUCAACUUAAUACUUGUGAUCAAGAGUUCAACAUCUUAAUUAAUGCAUUCAAACUAGAGCACCAGCAAGUCAGUGCCAGCACUGUCUUCACAGCAGGCCUUUUUGAUUCCACUUUAGACGGCAGAGACUCAGAACCAUAUUUUAAUGUUACAUGGGGCAAUCUGGAGAGCAAUGGCACUGGAUUACAGUCUGUGCUUGGAACACAGAAAUUUGAGUAUUGUUACUGAUAAUCUUUCUGCUGUUUUCCUGUUUGAAAGCCUUUCCUGCUGCUCACAAGUCUUGAUGUCCCUGACCAGUUCCAUAGCCAAGCAUUUCCUUCAGUUUGAGUUAUCUGCCAAGAAUUAGAAUAAUAAAUAACACAGACUGAGUGUGUUAGGGGGAAAGAUCCAUAUUGACUAUGGCAAUGCCUGUGAUUGUACGUGUAUCUUUGAUCCCAGAACUCUAGAGGUGCAGGAAGAUCUUGGAUUUGAGGCCAGUAGCCAGUUUGAAAGCAAGCCUGAGCUACACUGAAAGACCUAACACCUGGGGCUUGAACUCAGUGAUAGAGUGCUUUGCCUCGAAUGGCAAAGACUGAGGUUUGAAUCUGAAUUCUUCAGAUUCUUCAGGGAUUUCAGAUUGAGCCCUGGGAAUUUAGAAUUUAAGUGAAGAGGCAAGUAAACUUCUGAUUAGAAAGAACUGAAUGCAUGGAGUUGGCUAUUCUUUAAUGUGUGACUUAUUAAAUACCUACUGUCUGUACACAGCAUGUAAAUUUGAAGCUAUGUGAAUGUUCAUAGGUUUUCGUUUUCUUCUGAGUUCUGUUUCAACAGUGAGUGUUUAGAGUGCACUGAGCUGCCUUAUUUUAUGUGGUGAAUGCUUUAAAUGUGUCACUUGCAGAGUAGUGUGUAGAAAAAUGCUGGCACAAUUUUAAGUGGUUUGUGACAUUAUAUAUAUUAUAUGUGUACAUAUCUUUAUAACAUCCUUGUGUUUGGUAGUAUAAAUGUUCUGGGCAAGUUUUAGUAUUUCAAAUGCCUCUGGAUAUUCCAGCAAUAAAGGCAACAUGUUCUGCAGUAGAAUUUGUUCUCUGUCUACUUUGACUCUAAAAUAAUACAUAUUUGAGCAAGACUCCUUUUGAAAAUAUUACAGAAAGGGAUAAUAAUACAUAAAUUUGUGAGUUGUGGUUAUUUCUCUUUUUGGAAGACCCAAGCAUUUACCUUCUGGAAUUUGAUCAAGCUUACAAAAUAUAUGUCAGAGUUUGUAGUUUAGAAUACAGACACCAUCAACUGGCCUUGGUAUUAGACACCAAAGGCUUUGCCAAACUUGAGCUCUCUGGUUUCUGCUCAUUUGUUUAAUGACACCUGUGUUAAGAGGACCACAAUUCACCGAUUGUCUUAUUUUUGUCCCUAAUUGUGAAUUUUUGGCAAUAAAUACAGUUGUACUAAGAAUACAAUUUGACACCCCACAUUUGCAAAGUACAGUAUGGGUAGUGUCAUUUUCGGAUUUUGUCUUACAAAAAUUUCUGGCUUACAUAUCCAAAGUUUGUAAAAAACAAUUUUGUUUAAAAACAGCAACUUGCUCUUAGUUUUGUGACCUUGUGUACUUUUGAAAUAAAAUCAAGAAAGUAGU